AGGAGGGGUCUUAAGGGGCGGCGAGCCCAGGUCAGACUUCCUCGCAGCCUGGCGAUCAGCGAAGAUCCCAUCUUCGGCUCCAGCUCUCUGCCCUAGCCCGCGCCCUCUGGAGCCCCGGACCCAAGCAUGAUGUGGAAACGCUGGCUGGCGCUAGCGCUGGUGGCCGUCGCCCUGGUCCACGGCGAGGAAGAACCAAGGAGCAAAUCCAAGAUCUGUGCCAAUGUGUUUUGUGGAGCUGGCCGGGAAUGUGCAGUCACAGAGAAGGGGGAGCCCACAUGCCUCUGCAUUGAGCAAUGCAAACCUCACAAGAGGCCUGUGUGUGGCAGUAAUGGCAAGACCUACCUCAACCAUUGUGAACUCCACAGAGAUGCCUGCCUCACUGGAUCCAAGAUCCAGGUUGAUUAUGAUGGACACUGCAAAGAAAAGAAGUCUGUGAGUCCAUCUGCCAGCCCAAUUGUCUGCUAUCAAGCUAACCGUGAUGAGCUCCGGCGUCGCAUCAUCCAGUGGCUGGAAGCUGAGAUCAUUCCAGAUGGCUGGUUCUCUAAAGGCAGCAACUACAGUGAAAUCCUAGACAAGUACUUCAAGAACUUUGAUGAUGGCGAUUCUCACCUGGACUCCAGCGAAUUCCUGAAGUUUGUGGAGCAGAAUGAAACAGCCGUCAACAUCACCACUUACGCUGAUCAGGAGAACAACAAACUGCUCAGAGGACUCUGCGUUGAUGCUCUCAUUGAACUGUCUGACGAGAAUGCUGACUGGAAACUCAGCUUCCAGGAGUUCCUCAAAUGCCUCAACCCAUCCUUCAACCCUCCUGAGAAGAAGUGUGCCCUGGAGGACGAAACCUAUGCAGAUGGAGCUGAGACGGAGGUAGACUGUAAUCGCUGUGUCUGUUCCUGUGGACACUGGGUCUGCACUGCAAUGACCUGUGAUGGAAAGAAUCAGAAGGGGGCCCAGACCCAGACAGAGGAGGAGAUGACCAAAUAUGUCCAGGAACUCCAGAAGCACCAGGAAACAGCUGAAAAGGCCAAGAAGAUAAACACCAAAGAGAUCUAACAAGAAGCGCCCACAGCACCGUGUCUGGAGCCCAGCGCCUCCUCUUCAGCGCUGGGUCCAGUAUACACGAGCGUCUGCCGAAAUCACCAAACCACCAGUAUUUGCUUGUAUGGCGAUGAACAUUAUUUCGUUUGUUUUGCAAUGAAGGAAAUGAGGCUGGCUGGCUAGCGAGGGAAGGCCACAACCUUCAUUUCUAGGAGUGCUUUGAGAGACACUAACGGGCACUUUGGGGCUGGAAGCAAGGAAGGAAACUGCAUCAGGCUGGCAGAGGAGCAGACCCAGGUCUGAAGGAGUCCAUUCUGGGUUCGGAGGCUACAGGAAAAGCAUGUGAUGUUGCAGGGAGAGCUGAGCUAGCUUUGCUGGAGGAAGGGUGGGGAGCUCUGUGGAGAGGGAAACACCGCUUCCGCUCUUGGUCCCAACAAUCACCUGAAUACACAGCCAUCCCACUAGUUGUUACCUGUGUCCCUCAAAUUUGGAUGGACUUUUCAGGAGGGUGUUUUUAAAUGAUGCAGAUACUUAGAUACUUCAAGCGCCAUGGAGACCCAACCAAAAUUUUAGAAGACAUUUUUUUUGUUUUUUUUGUUUUUUUACCAAAGGUGCUAUU